CGAGAGCGUCUUGAAUUUAUCCGUCUUUCCUGUCCCAUGUCCCAUCGAGCAGGCUGAGCCACGUGUAUGCUGUAACUAUUUCGUUACUUCUCUCCAAACGUCCAGUUCCUUGUGUUUCAUUGAAACACACGACAGCACCAUGGUGAAAUUAGCAAAGGCAGCAAACAAGCAAGCAACUCAGAAGAAAAAAGCCCCUCCACCCCCAAAAGAAGUGGAGGAGGAAUCUAGUGAAGAGGACAGCAGUGAUGAGGAAGAAGAGACUCCUCCACCUAAAGUGGUGAAGAAAGCCACACCAGCCAAAGCCACACCAGCCGUUAAAAAUGGCGCUGCUGCCAAAAAAGCAGAAAGUGAAGACGACGACGAUGAUUCUGAGGAGGAAUCUGAAGAGGAGGCCCCCCCACCAAAAAAGACUCCUGCAAAAGCAGCACCGGCUAAACCCACACCAGCCAAGGCAGCCCCUGCAAAGGCUGAGGAGUCAGAUGAUGAUGAUGACGACGACGAUGACGAUGAGUCAGAAGAAGAGGCCCCUCCUCCCAAGAAAGCGGCAAAGCCUGCUGCUAAACCUGCUGUCAAGCCCCCAGUGAAGGGUAAACCUGCAAAGGAGUCCUCUGAUGAUGAUGAUUCAGAAGAAGAGGCCCCACCCCCCAAGAAGGCUACUCCAGCUAAACCAGCUGCCAAAAAAGCUGCAAAGACCCAGGCUGCCAAAGAGGAGUCUGACGACGAUGAAGAUGACUCUGAAGAGGAGAUGGACACCACACCUGCUCCAGCAUCUGCAAAGAAAGCAGGCAUGGUCAAGGCCAAGGAAGAGUCUGAAGAGGAGGAGGACGACGACGACGACGACGAGGAGGAGGAUGAGGAGGACGAAGAGGAAGCCCCAGUGACUCCUGCAAAGAGGAAGGCAGAGGGCAAAAAAGAUACCCCUCCUGCCAAGAAGGCAAAGUCAGAAGGCGAAGGUUUCUGUCUGUUUGUUGGGAACUUGAACUCAAACAAAGACUUUGAUGAAAUCAAAGACGCCCUGAGGAAAUUCUUCUCUAAGAACAGCCUUGAGGUCGCCGAUGUCCGGUUAGGUGGAUCCAAGAAAUUUGGCUAUGUGGAGUUUGAAUCUGAGGAGGACAUGCAGAAGGCACUGGAACUCAAUGGCAAGAAGUUCAUGGGUCAGGAGUUGAAGAUGGACAAAGCCCGAUCCAAAGAAAGCUCACAGGACAACAAGAAAGAGAGGGAUUCACGGACGCUGUUUGUAAAAAAUCUUCCCUUCUCUGCAACGUCUGAUGACCUGAAAGAAGUCUUUGAAAAUGCAUUUGACAUCAGGGUACCCAUUGGCCAGAACGGUUCCAACAGGGGCAUUGCCUAUGUCGAGUUCAAAACUGAGGCCGAAGCAGAGAAGAUGCUGGAGGAAGCCCAGGGAGCUGAUGUACAGGGGAGGUCCAUCAUCAUUGACUAUGUUGGAGAUAAGAGCCAGAAAGGAGGCAGGGUGUCGGGGGCAGGAUCAGCCAGUAAAACACUGGUAGUGAAUAAUCUGGCCUUCAGUGCCACAGAGGAAGUCCUGCAAUCCACUUUUGAGAAGGCUGUCUCUAUAAGAAUCCCGCAGAGAGAUGGCAGACCUAAAGGUUUUGCUUUUGUAGAAUUUGAGAGCACAGAUGAUGCCAAGGAUGCCCUGGAAAACCUCAACAAUACAGACAUUGAAGGCCGGUCAAUCAGACUGGAGUACAGCCAGAACAGUGAUGGCAGGGGACAAGGGGGCAGAGGAAACUCCGGUCCAACAAAAACCCUCUUUGUCAAGGGUCUCUCUGAGGACACAACGGACCAGACACUUAGGGAUGCUUUUGAGGGCGCCGCAGCAGCCAGGAUAGUCACAGACCGAGAGACAGGGUCAUCAAAAGGCUUUGGUUUUGUAGACUUUGACAAUGAGGAGGACUGCAAGGCAGCCAAGGAAGCCAUGGAUGAUGGUGAGAUCGAUGGCAACAAGGUGACCCUCGACUACGCCAAGCCCAAGGGUGAAGGCGGCUUCCGCGGAGGGCGUGGUGGAUUUGGCGGUCGUGGUGGUGGCAGAGGAGGUCGCGGCGGAUUUGGUGGGGGCUUUGGAGGCGGCUUUGGUGGCCGCGGUGGAGGCAGAGGAAGGGGUGGCCCUCGUGGAGGUGGACGUGGACGUGGUGGCUUUGGAGGUGGAAGAGGUGGCGGUGGAUUUGGAGCUAAACCCCAGGGGAAGAAAAUCAAGUUCGAUGACUAAAUCCUUAGUCUGUUUUACUUUUUGAAUGGACUCUGGUUUCAUCACUUUUCAGAGCUUUUGGACAUUCCAGAAAGCGUCAUUGAUAUAUAUUUAACUGUUAACGGGCAUUUUAGCCCUUUAUUUAGACCCCUCAAACCUUUCCCCACCCUUCUGUGCCAGACUGGUACUUUUGAUCUUCUCAGCUCAAGUGCUACGUGUUAGUACUGAAUGUCCCUAAUGCAAACCUGCACCUCUCGCCCUCACUUGCUUUUCUGAAGGAGUUAAAUGGAAUGGGUCUGGCAAACAAGUUUGCUGUGAAAAAUAUGCUCGUCUUUGUCAGAUACAUUGUGUAAAUUUAAACAGUUUGUAUGAUUUCAUUUUACCUUUUGUAAAAACAAAAAUACACUUGUAUCCUUAUGUUUUUUGUUUUUAUUUUGUCAUUUAGUUUGAUUUAGGUGCCAUGUUUUACUGUAAUGUGCAAAGCAUAUUUUGAUAAAAGAUUUGAGUCAGUGCUAUUGGGCUUGGUUGUAAGAAUAUGGCAAAGAUGUUCUGUCAUGUCUGUUUGGUGGGGCACAGUCAGUGUCUGAGUUAAUGAGGAUAAAGACCUCUUAUCUAUGUAACAUAAAAUAUUUGUAGUGCAUUGACUAAUUUUUUUCCCAUCUGAGAAUCUCAAGAUUUUCAUGUGAUUAAAUAAAAUCUUGUAGGUGGUGAUUUUUAAA